CUUCAGCAAAGAGAAAAGAAGAAAUCUCUCUCUCACUCUCUCUCUCUCUCUCUCUGAGAAAUCGGGCAAUGGCAGCGCCCGUCGUCCGAUUCCCGAUCGUGAUGGUGGUGAGGGCCAUGGGAGCCCUCAUCACCACACUUGUUCUGGUGUGGGCCCUACACUUCCGAGGAGGAAUGUCUCUCAUCUCCGAAAACAAGGAUCUCAUCUUCAACGUCCAUCCCGUACUUAUGGUGAUUGGGCUCAUACUUUUGAAUGGUGAAGGCAUGUUAGCAUACAAGACGGUAUCUGGAACCAAAAGUUACAGGAAGUCGGUGCAUCUCAUAGUGCAACUCCUAGCCUUCUGUUUGAGUGUGAUCGGUGUAUGGGCAGCUAUUAAGUUCCACAAUGACAAGGGCAUCGACAAUUUCUAUAGCCUGCAUUCGUGGUUGGGUCUAGCCUGUCUAGUCCUAUUUGGCAUCCAGUGGGGCCUUGGAUUUGCAACCUUUUGGUAUCCCGGGGGUUCAAGAAAUAUCAGAGCUGCCUUGCUACCAUGGCACGUGUUUUUCGGCAUUUACAUAUACGCCCUCGCUGUUGCUACCGCCACUACUGGUAUCUUAGAGAAGGCAACUUUUCUUCAAACCAAUAACAUAAUAUCGCGGUACUCAACUGAGGCUUUAUUAGUUAAUUCGCUAGGAAUCUGCAUUGUAGUUUUGGGUGGUUUGGUUAUACUUGCACUUGUCACUCCUACAACAGCCAAAGUUGAUGCAUACAGAGCCACAGAAUAGGAAAGUAUUCGAAUUGUUCUGACGAUUGAUUGGAAUUUAAGUUGUGUUAUUUGUAAUGGAAUGUCUAUGUAUCAGAAUAAAUGAUUCACGUUACCUUUUCA